AUGACAGUUUACGCCGAAGGUGUCUCGGGUAUUCGUUACUCUCUAGACCAGCAGCACUCAGCGAAAUGCCACGCGCUAGCCAUUCAUCAAGUAUCAGGUGCCGUAUUCUUGAAGAAACGUCUGAAUCGCGAAAGGCAUGGUGCUGUGAUGAAUUGCCGAGUUAUUGCAACGAAUACGAUUGGAACUGCAAGUAGUGCGCUUAUUGUUCUGAAGCUGGUUGACGUUAAUGAGCAUGCACCGUUCUUCAAUCAAACAGUUUAUUAUGGAUACGUUCAGGAGAAUAUGCCUCCAGGUGACAACACAUUUUGA